ACAGCAGCAGCUGAGACCCCGCUGAGGCUCAGGGAAGGUUGGGGGUGGAAGUAGGGAGGCCUGAGUGGUCUCCACCUCCGGAUCAGAUCCAGCCAGACACAAGGCAAGUCUGCAUGAGCAGAUAAACAAAAGCCACCCCUGGCUGGUGCGACUGCACUGCAGAUAAGCUGCAAGCUUCCUCUUCUGAACAUGACGGGCAGCUGUGGUCUCGGACUGUGAGUUUUUGGGUUGUAGAAGCGAUGGCCGAACACGAGGAAGCGGAGUCUCUCAGGAAGGAGGAUGAGGAACCGGCCGCCAACCUCAAAUCCAAAAGUCUGCCUGUCUUAAACGAAGCAGCUCCCCAGGAGAAAACCUUACUGGACAGCUCGACCCGGAUGUCCAUAGCAGCCGAGGAGAGCUCCGAGUUCAUCCAGCUGCCGGCCCGGACCGAGUCCUUCCAGGCCGAGUCCCCGACCAGAAGCACCUACCUGCCAAAGCCCGGGAAGUCGGCUCUGAACAGGCCGAGCUCCUACCUGGACAACCCGGAGGUCCGGAGGAGUAAGUCCAGACUGGCUCAGAUCCGCCUGCUGAGCAGGAAGUACCUGCGCCUCAUCCUGCAGGACUCGCGCUGCUUCCUGUUCUGCAUGUGCUACCUGACCUUCAUCCAGUCGCUCAUGGUGUCCGGCUACCUCAGCAGCGUCAUCACCACCAUCGAGAAGCGCUACAGCCUCCGCAGCUCCGAGUCGGGCCUCCUGGUCAGCUGCUUCGACAUUGGGAGCCUCGUGGUUGUGGUCUUCAUCAGCUACUUUGGCGGUCGGGGUCAAAGGCCACGCUGGUUGGCGGUUGGCGGGAUCUUCAUCGCCGUGGGCGCCGCUCUCUUCUCCUUACCUCAUUUCAUCUCCCCAGCCUACCAGAUCCAGGAGCUGAACUCUUCCUCGGCCAACGAGGGGCUGUGCAUGAACAGCAACGCCAGCGGCAGGGACCGGGUUGACAUCACUUCCUGUCCCAGGGACCAGGACGGAAACGAGCACCGCCUGUAUGUAGCGCUGUUCGUCAUCGCGCAGAUCCUGGUGGGGAUGGGGUCCACGCCCAUCUACACGCUGGGUCCCACGUACCUGGACGACAACGUGAAGAAGGAGAACGCGUCGCUCUACCUGGCCAUCAUGUAUGUGAUGGGAGCUCUGGGCCCGGCGGCCGGUUACCUGCUGGGUGGAGUCUUGAUUGGGUUUUACGUCGACCCAAAGACCGUGGUGAACAUCGACCAGAGCGACCCGCGCUUCAUCGGCAACUGGUGGAGCGGCUUCCUGCUGUGCGCCGUCGCCAUGCUGCUGGUCAUAUUCCCCAUGUUCACCUUCCCCAAGAAGCUCCCUCCUCGACACAAGAAGAAGAAGAGGAGGAAAAAGCUGAGCCUGGACGACAUGUCCAGCGACGACGACGUGCUGAAGGAGAAGAGCAACAACAGCAAGCACCAGACGGUCACCUCGUCCUUGGGCUUCGGGAAGGACAUCAAAGAUCUUCCCAAAGCUGCGGUGAGGAUCCUCAGCAAUGUGACCUUCCUCUUCGUCAGCCUGUCCUACACGGCCGAGAGCGCCAUCGUCACCGCCUUCAUCACCUUCAUCCCCAAGUUCAUCGAGUCGCAGUUCGGGAUCCCGGCCUCCAACGCCAGCAUCUACACCGGUGUGAUCAUCGUGCCCAGCGCCGGCGUGGGCAUCGUGCUGGGCGGCUACAUCAUUAAGAAGCUGAAGCUGGGCGCUCGGGAGUCGGCCAAGCUGGCGAUGAUCUGCAGCGGAGUGUCGCUGCUCUGCUUCUCCACGCUCUUCAUCGUGGGCUGCGAAAGCAUCAACCUCGGAGGAAUCAACAUCCCCUACACCACCGGGCCGACGCUCACCAUGACUCAGAGGAACCUGACAGGAGGUUGUAACGUGAACUGUGGGUGUAAAAUUCACGAGUACGCGCCGGUCUGCGGCUCCGACGGCAUCACGUACUUUAACCCCUGCCUGGCCGGCUGCGGCAGCGUGGCCAACGACACAAACGGGAUCAGGAACUACUCGGACUGCGCCUGCGUCCAGAGCCGCCAGGUCAUAACGCCGUCGUCCAGCGGUCAGGGCAGCAACCAGCUGCAGCUCGUCAUCGUCAAAACCUACCUGAACGAGAACGGCUACGCCGUUUCCGGGAAGUGCGACCGAACCUGCAACACCCUCAUCCCCUUCCUCAUCUUCCUCUUCAUCGUCACGCUCAUCACCGCCUGCGCCCAGCCCUCCGCCAUCAUCGUCACUCUCAGGUCUGUUGCAGAGCAGGAGCGGCCGUUCGCCCUGGGGAUGCAGUUUGUUCUCCUCAGGACUCUUGCCUACAUCCCGACGCCCAUCUACUUCGGCGCCGUCAUCGACACCACCUGCAUGCUGUGGCAGCAGGACUGCGGCGUUCACGGCUCCUGCUGGGAGUACGACGUCACCUCCCUGCGCUUCGUCUACUUCGGCCUGGCCGCCAGCCUCAAGUUCCUCGGCUUCCUCUUCAUCUUCCUCACCUGGUACUCCAUCAAGUACAGGGAGGAGCGGGUGGAGCGCUGGCUGAAGCGCCACCUGUCGCCUGUCGACACCGUGGGAAGCCUCGUGUGCCACCCGGGGGGCCACAAGGGCCACGCCCGCACCCGCUCCUGCCCCGUCAACAUCCCGCGCACCGACAUGGCCGCGCCGCACGCCGCUAACGCCCUCAACCGAGGCGUCAGCACGCAGAGUUGCCCCGGCAACGAGCUGAAAGCAAUAACUCCUCCCCCGCCCCCUGCGGGUCCGACUGCAGCGGCCCCGGCUCCGGCUCCGGCUCCGGCUCCGGCCCCGGCCUGCUCACUGGAACACGUCUCAGUUCGGGUUUAAACCGCCGGAGGCCCAGAUUCAUUCACAUGUUCUAGUGAGCAGAAAGCUCUGAGCUUUUCUGACAAAAAAA